AUCCGUCAAAAUUUGCGAAUAUAGAAGAUUCAUGAUCGACGAUAUUUUGUUUUUGUGGUCCGGUAUUAUUAGUUCUAAAUGUACCAGAGAGGGAGGCCCCCCCUGUGGAUGGAGCGGCGGCGACGUCCGCGCGCCCUUUUUUUCGCGGUGGUGACAUGUAAGGACUCACGGGGGCGAAGGCCUCAAAAAGCGAAGCCGGAGGCCCCUGGCGGCUCUCCGCAUGUACCCCACAGGCGUCCCGACACUUGGGCCCUAUCAGGGGGACGGCCUCCGGGGGGAGAAGGGCGCCCCCGAAGGCGGCCGCGGUCGCGAGGCCUGGCUCCUUUGGCCCUCAUGGGGGGCAGCAGGUGGCAAACUCCUCCGGUGAGGAGCCCGCACACGGGAGGUCUGUGGGGUACAUGCAACACGGCAAGAGGGUCAUGCCUUGCCAACUGCUGCCCUCGGAGGCCCUCCACCCCCCAAGGGGUUCCCCCAGUGAGGAGCCCGCACCCGGGAUAUUGGUAAGGUACAUGCAACACGGCAAGGCGGUCAAGCCUUGCCACUUGCUGCCCUCGGAGGUCCUCCACCUCCCCCGGGGCUCCCCCAGUGAGAAGCCCGCACCCGGGAGAUCUGUAGGGUACACACACCACGGCAAGGGGUGGCAAGUCUUGCCACCUCUGCCGCCUUCGGAAGCCUUCCACCCCCGGCCGUCGGUGCUUGAACCGCCUCAGGGGCUUGGGCUCUGUAGGGUACACGCACGAAGCCGCGAGGGCUCGAAGGUGGGCGUUUGGAGGCCUUUCCGCCCGGCAGUCUCUCGAAAAAAAGGGCCCGGGGCUGGAGGCCCCUCCCCUCAAAAAGUUGCAUCGGGGGAACCUUCCGCCUGGAGCCCUGGGGCUUACUUAUGAUGUAUAUCCUCGGGUUAGUUUUCCUUUUCGUGUUCAGUUGUGCUUCAUAUUGCGCCACAAACUAGAAGCUCUGCGAAUCAUUUAACAAAUCUAAAUCAAGGAGCCUGGACGAGUUCGUUGAAAAUGGCAGAACUUGAUGUUGUGGCCAAAGGAACAGACAAUUCUGAUUCUGGAUAAUAAAGUUCGUGGUGGUGUUAAUAGAUUGAAGUUGAUGAAAUUCUUUUCUGCUGAACUGGUCAUAACUUGGAAAAAAAUGAAACUACAGUAUAAUCGUGAUUUUCUUGCUUGGCUUAUGCUAGGCGCGAAAAUGUAACAAUCGACGGUCUACUGCGUGCUGCGACACGACCGGUUUUUAUGUGGUAC